CCUACCGAGGCUUCUGAAGGGCCCAAUGACAGCUGGAGGAGGGAUGGGGACACUGCAAAUGGUGAUGAGCCUCCGAGUCUCUGAGUUGCAAGUGCUUUUGGGUUACGCAGGAAGAAACAAACACGGCCGCAAACACGAACUCCUCACUAAAGCCCUCCACUUGCUCAAGGCUGGCUGCAGCCCUGCUGUCCAAAUGAAAAUCAAAGAACUUUACAGGAGGCGGUUCCCGCAAAAAAUAAUCACCUCUGCAGACUUGUCCAUCCCAAGCGUCCACUCAACGUCCAUGUCAUCCCCUUUGUCGUCCUCUACCAUUCCGCAACUGGCUUUCGAUGGACCCCCGGCAACCUCGCCAUUGCUUCCCGUUUCUCUCCUGGGACCUAAACAUGAACUGGACCUGCCCCAUCUGACCUCAGCACUCCACCCAGUCCACCCAGACAUAAAGCUUCAGAAGUUGCCAUUUUAUGACUUGUUGGAUGAACUGAUAAAACCAACCAGUCUAGCAUCAGAUAAUAGCCAGAGAUUUCGGGAAACCUGCUUUGCAUUUGCCCUGACUCCACAGCAAGUGCAGCAGAUCAGCAGUUCCAUGGAUAUUUCUGGAACCAAAUGUGAUUUCACCGUGCAGGUCCAGUUAAGGUUUUGCUUAUCUGAAACCAGUUGCCCACAAGAAGACCAUUUUCCACCCAACCUUUGUGUGAAAGUUAAUGGAAAACCAUGUAGCCUUCCUGGCUAUCUUCCUCCAACUAAAAACGGGGUUGAACCAAAGCGACCAAGCAGACCAAUCAACAUUACUUCACUGGUGCGACUAUCCACAACAGUACCAAACACAAUUGUUGUCUCUUGGACUGCAGAAAUAGGAAGAUCUUAUUCGAUGGCCGUCUACCUUGUCAAGCAGCUGUCCUCAUCCGUGUUGCUACAGCGGCUACGAAUAAAAGGCAUAAGAAACCCUGACCAUUCGAGAGCGCUAAUCAAAGAGAAACUAACAGCAGAUCCUGACAGUGAAAUAGCAACCACCAGUUUAAGAGUUUCUCUUCUAUGCCCACUUGGCAAAAUGCGACUAGCAAUACCUUGCAGGUCUCUGACUUGCUCCCACCUUCAGUGUUUUGAUGCCACCUUGUACAUUCAGAUGAAUGAAAAGAAGCCCACUUGGGUGUGUCCUGUCUGUGACAAAAAAGCACCCUAUGAACACCUAAUAAUUGAUGGGUUGUUUAUGGAAAUUCUGAAGUACUGCACAGAUUGCGAUGAGAUUCAGUUUAAGGAAGAUGGGUCAUGGGCUCCUAUGAGGUCAAAAAAAGAGGCCCAAGAAGUGACAACAUCUUAUAAUGGUGUCGAAGGCUGCUUAAGUUCUUCUGUGGAUCAUCAGGUAUCUUCUCAUCAGUCCAACAAAAAUAAGAAGGUUGAAGUGAUCGACUUAACCAUUGACAGUUCAUCCGAUGAGGAGGAAGAGGAACCGCCCAUCAAGAGGAGAUGUCCAUCCCUGUCUCCUGUGUCACCCAUCAACAGCAAGAGCCUUUUAAGUCUGCCCAACCAAGUCUCUCCCGUUUCAAGAACUCCCAGCCUUCCAGCUGUUGACACAAGCUACAUCAACACAUCACUCCUGCAGGACUACAGGCAUCCGUUUCAUAUGACUCCCAUGCCUUACGACCUCCAAGGUUUGGACUUCUUUUCGUUCUUACCAGGAGACAAUCAGCAUUACAGCAGUUCCAUUUUGGCGGCCGCCGCCGCCGCCGUCUCCACUUCCGACGAUCAAGAACUCUUGCACUCCCGGUUUUUCCCCUACGCUUCGUCGCAGAUGUUCCUGGACCAGCUGAACUCGGGAGCGGGCGCCACGCUGCCCACCACGAACGGCAGCAACAGCGGCAGCAACAGCAGCCUCGUCUCCUCCACCAGCAUCCGGGAGGCCCACAGCCACCCCGUGGCCGGCAGGGGCAGCACAGACCCGGCCUCGCUCUUCGGCGUCAUGCCGGACAUCAUUUCUUUGGACUGAGCUCGGCUGAGGUGUCCCUGGACUCCGUGGGUGAAGAGAUUUGCGAUUUCCUUUGACCUUAUUUUUGUUUAGAACUGCAGAUAAGCUUUUCCUUUUUUUUGUAGGGGGGAAAAAGAAAAAAGAGAGACGUGUACAGAGAACAAAGCUAUAUUUUCAGUUGUACUUUUGUAUAUAAACCUAAGAUAAUUGGACUGGUGAAAAACAAAACAA